AUGCAGUUCGGCACAAGUGAUGAACGGUACCUAAGAGAUCUCCCUCCCCCGUCUGACACGGACAGAUCCUUCCGGGUCAGUGGCCGUAGAAUUACCCUGACCCGGGACCAAAAAGACGCCGUCCGCGUCGGUACGGGUAACCUUCCCAUAGUCGCCCUCCAGGCUGCUUUCGGCACGGGUAAGACGCUGGUCGGGUCGCUGAUCGCAGCUCUAACAGCAAAGCCGGGCAGCACCGUCAUCGUAACAACCUCCACCAACGCGGCUGUGGCGCAAUUCGCAGAGACGUUACUCUCUCUGGACGACUUCCCCCGCCUCAAGGUAACACUGCUGCGGGCGAAGAAAACCGUGGGCCACCCCGGUGGAGCUCAGACAAGAUCUGAAGAGGCUGCGGAGAAGAUCUUCGCGGGACCCGGCUGGACGACAGGUGAGCGUCGGGUCUGCGCUAAGUUCAAGCGCUACAGGCAACUGCUUGAGGACUACAUCGAGAACCCCGACCGUGUGCCGACCAUGUCUGAUAGGGACAAGGAAGAGUACACCAUUGCGGAGCAGUAUGUCUCGCAAACACUGAAACGCAUGGUGAGGAUCAUGUUCACGGUUCGGCGACCAUCGGUCAUUUGA